AACAUCUGCGGACCCAACUUUCCACGCAGCGGGCAGAAACCACCCCACCCUUCUCUCAUAUUUCUACCGCCUAUUGCCACGACCGCCCUCUUACUCUUGGCCCCAAGAUGGUCGUUGACACCACCUACUAUGAUGCACUACAGGUGCCGCCCACAGCGACAGAGCUGGAAAUCAAGAAGGCCUACCGUAAACUCGCUAUCAAGCUACACCCUGAUAAAAACCCUGGGGAUGAGACGGCACAUGAGAAAUUCCAGGCUAUUGGCGAGGCAUACCAGGUGCUCAGUGAUGAGCAAUUAAGGAAACAGUAUGAUAAAUUCGGGAAGGAGAGUGCUGUUCCUAGCAGCGGGUUUGAGGACCCCGCUGAGUUCUUUACGAUGAUCUUUGGAGGCGAUGCUUUCGUAGAUUGGAUCGGAGAGAUAUCCCUCAUGAAAGAUCUCACCAAGACAAUGGAGAUAUCCAUGCGUGAAAUGGAGGAAGAAGAGGCUGCUCAAGCAGAAGCCGCCGCCGCCGCCGCUGCUGCUGCCGCGUCUACCUCGAAGCCUGCAGCACAAACACAUGAGACUGGCGUACACAUGGAGCCGUCCGCUGCCGCACAAGCUAAACAGGCCGAAGCGGCUGCUGAGGCAAAGGCUGCAAGCACCUCGGACGUACCCCCUCCACCGCCUUAUGCUGAACCAGCUGCGGCUGCAGCAGAAGCAUCUGCAGCUGCCCCUCCUCAGUAUACCCAAUCCGCCUCCGGAACAAGCACCCCCCGAAGCCGGCAAAUCCCCAUCCGAGCUGCGAUCAUGGAUAAGUCGGAAGAGGACGCCCGACUGGAGGCUGCAGGUGUGACGGAUGCCGAGCGAGAGCUGCGAGAGAAGCAGAAGAAGAAGGGCGGACUGACUAAGGAGCAACGAGAGGAGCUGGCCGCUUACGAGCUCGAACGUAAAAGGAUCCGGCAGAAGCGGGUUGAGGACCUAGCUAAGAAGCUCACCGAUCGCAUAUCGGUGUGGACGGAGACUGACAAAGGCCAAGACGUCACUGCUGCUUUCAAGGAGAAGACACGCCUGGAAAUUGAGAACCUGAAGAUGGAAAGCUUUGGCCUGGAAAUCCUGCACGCCAUUGGGCAAACAUAUCUCCAGAAAGCGUCGUCAUUCCUCAAGUCGCAGAAGGCAUUUGGCAUUCCUGGUUUCUUCUCCCGGCUCAAGGAUAAGGGUACCCUCGUCAAAGAGACAUGGAACACCAUGUCCGCAGCCAUCGAUGCCCAGCUCACCAUGGAGGAAAUGGCAAAGCUGGAAGAGAAGGGCGGCGAGGACUGGACCGACGAGAAGAAGGCCGAGUACGAGAAGAAGGUCACUGGCAAAAUCCUUGCGGCCGCGUGGAGAGGAAGCAAGUUCGAGAUCCAGAGCGUGCUGCGAGACGUCUGUGACGCAAUUCUUGAAGAUAAGAAAGUCAAGCUUAGCAAGCGAAUCGAGCGAGCCAAUGCGUUGCUUAUUAUAGGCGAGCUCUUCCGGGCGGCGGAGCGCGACCCCGACGAAGAGGGCGACUUCAUGGCUUUCGAGCAACUCAUGGCCGAAGCUGCGGCCAAGAAGGAGCACAAGCACGACAAGAAGGAGAAGCACAGGAAGGACAAGGACAAGGCGUCUCAGGCAUGACCGUUCCGUCGCUGAAUAUGUUUAGAUACAUCUUAAUGGAAUACCCCCGACUCUUAUCAGGAC